CUCCAGCAGUUCAAGCUGGUGCUACUGGGAGACAUGGCUGUGGGCAAGUCCAGCCUGGUGCUGCGUUUUGUCAAGGGGCAGUUUGAUGAGUUCCAGGAGACGACCAUAGGAGCUGCGUUUCUGGCCCAGUCUGUAUGUCUAGAUGACACCACGGUGAAGUUUGAGAUCUGGGACACUGCCGGACAGGAGCGAUACCACAGCCUGGCUCCGAUGUACUACCGCGGAGCUCAGGCUGCUAUCAUCGUCUUUGACAUCACCAAGCCGGAGACGUUUGAGAGAGCCAAGGCCUGGGUAAAGGAGCUGCAGAGGCAAGCCAGUCCUAACAUUGUUAUCGCCCUGGCUGGGAACAAGGCUGACCUAGCAGAGAAGAGACUAGUAGAGUAUGAGGAAGCCCAGACGUAUGCUGAAGACACUGGCUUACUAUUUAUGGAGACCUCUGCUAAGACGGCCAUGAACGUCAACGAGCUCUUCCUGGCAAUUGCCAAAAAGAUGCCAAAAACAGACACUCAGAACCCCACACACGCAGCACGACAUCGGGGCGUCAACCUCCAAGACCCAGACGCCCACUCUACCCGAGCCUGCUGUGGUGGAAACUAGACCUCCACAGCUCUCGCCAGUGUUCCACCAUCCACUCCGCCACAGCCCUUCAACCAUCCUGUCUCCCUACAGGGGUGGCCCACUCACCUCCUUAACCUCCAUUUAUCCUCCUGCCCAAGCAGAAAGAGAGUCAAAGGGGAGAAAAAGAAGAAAGGAAGAGCAAGCGGAGGUGGAGAAAGACACAGUACUUCACAUCUGUCUCUCUUGACCAACAACUGAGCUUCUGCAUUUGGAAACAAAACAAGAGGAGGUGUAGUGAAGGCAGCAAAAUAAAGAAUGUGGCACGCCUGUAGUAGCAUUUAGCACUAAUUGUGUAUUUUCUUUAGUUUUCACUCUGCCUAGCAAUAUUUCAAUCACAGCCUUGUUUGAUUGUGUAAACCGAGCAGCGCACACUAACGAGCGGCCGAGACAGGAAGGGAGGCACAACGACCAGGGUGUAAAGUAAAAAUGUUGGGUUGUGGCUGCUUUCUUCUCCUCCUUUGUCAGAGCUCACACCUGUUUGCUUUAACUCCCCCUAGUCCUCCGUCAGUCACAUCCUGUUGUAAAUAAUGACACAUAUUGUAAUUCACCACCCCUCUGUGUCUUGCCUGGCGUCUGGUGUCACUGGCCGACACCAGCUAGGACUCGUGGAACCGUUUGCCCAACAUAAUCCAGUUUGUGUGCAUUUAUUAUUUGGUGUUUUGACUGCUGGUAGUGAUGCUCCAGUGUCUCUGAUGCACCUCUUUGUCUGUCCAGGUAGAAUCUCAGACUCAGAAUGCGAGGCAAACAGUUCAUCCUAACAGAGGUCCUCAUUGGAUUUUUAUUAUAAGACUGCUCAUUCUGCAUUGUUUUUUUUCCAUAGAUAUGUUUGACCCAGCACUUACUUGUUUGAUGAACAAUUGCUGUAAAUUUGGUUGAUUUUCACUAAGGACAGAUAUGAAAGCAUCACAAGCUGCAGCUUUUACAGCGACUUGAUAUAAAGUGACAUGAAUGGAUUACAUCUGUAGCAGAAACAUGUCCCUCAAUCCCAAAAGUAGUUCUGCAUGAUCUAUUUGGGGCCUGUAGAAGAAGGGUUAGGGACAUAGUGAAAGACAGGAGGAUAAGGAAAAUGUAAUAAACCUGUAACAUGCCCUGCAGGGGAAAACCUGCCUGUCUUGUGCUUAAUAAGUCUCCUGUGUCCUUUGUCCUGAAGCUGUUAGUGAACAUGAAAUCCCAGUGAUUGUAAAUGGUUUUACUGACUCUUAACUGAAUAUGAUGCUCUUAAACCGGAGUCAUGGCUGUUGUCCGAGGCUCAGCUGAAGAAAAUGAUAAAAGAAUUGACACACACAAACACACAAAAAAAAAAAAAACAGAAGUGCCUAUUCCCAGUUCUCUUCGAAUCAUGAUUGGGGCUUUCUCUGUGCGCUUCCCUGACCCAGAACCCUGUCAUUAGGCUACACUGCAUAGGCUCUUUGUAUGGAUGUAAAGGGAUUGUGUUGAAUACACUGUAUGUUAUAUAUUAUUGUCUUCAUUUUAAUUAAAGUGUA